AGAUAGAUGACGAGAUAAGAGGGUGUGUGGUUUAAAAGGAGCAGCAGACUUUGAGUAAUACACUCCUUUGCUGCAGAAUCGUCCAGUUCACCCUUACAGCUACCAUGACCUUCAACGGCACCUGGAAAAUUGAUCGCAAUGAUAACUAUGAUAAAUUCAUGGAAAAAAUGGGAAUUAACCUGGUGAAGAGGAAGCUGGCUGCUCACGACAACCUCAAGAUAACCAUCGAACAGACUGGAGACACGUUUCAUGUCAAGGAGAGCAGUGCUUUCCGCAACCUGGAAAUAGACUUCACUCUGGGGGUCACCUUUGAGUACAGCCUUGCAGAUGGAACAGAACUGGAAGGCUCAUGGAACAUGGAGGGAGACUUGUUGAAGGGGGUUUUCAACAGAAAGGACAAUGGAAAGCUACUGACAACAACCAGAAUCGUCCAAGGAGAUGAACUUAUACAGAGCUACAACUAUGAAGGUGUGGACGCAAAGAGGAUUUUCAAGAGGGGUUAGACCAAACUGAUCAACUGAGUGACAUGUUGGACUUCAGGAUUACAUACAGUAUUGUGUUGAAUUAUCAACUACAAUAUAACCUUUUAAAAAGUGCACUACUUGUAAUGCCUGUACAGUGCAUGAAUCAGUUUUGAAUUGCACAUGAUUUUGACACUUGCAGUAAUAAAGCCAUAUUGUAACUGCC